CUUUCAUUACCAUAGUAACCACCGUAACUUGUCUACAAACAGUAUUCAUUCCAUUUUAAAAUGUAUUCCGCUCAUGUAAUUAAUGACGGCGAUUUUACAAAAACUGUAUAUAAUCUAGUAAAAGAAAGUAGAUUUAGUGAAGCUAUUAAAAUACUUCAUGGCAUACCAGAAUCUAGUUCUACAAGAGCAGGAUUAUCUUUAUUAGCUUACUGUUAUUUUUAUAUCCAAGAUUUUAACAAUGCCGCUAGUUAUUACGAACAGCUUACAGAAAUGUAUCCAGAUAACGACGACUACAAAUUAUAUUACACGCAGUCUUUAUAUCAGGCUUGUUCGUACGACCAAGCUUUUCAGGUAUCAAAUAAACUGAUUGAAAAUCCAAAAUAUACCGGACCUGUAACAAAAUUACAAGCCGCAAUUAAAUACAGCCAAGAAGAUGUUCUAUCAGCCAAGAGCUUAGUGGAUGCUUGUCCCAGUGAUGAUCCUGACAAAGAAGUUAACCUGGGAUGUCUACUAUAUAAAGAUGGGAAUUAUGAAGAAGCUUUGGCAAAAUUCGUUAACGCCAUACAAAAUCAAGGAUUUAAACCGUAUUUAGCUUAUAACGUAGCUUUGUGCUAUUAUAGGUUGAAAGAAUACGGCCCCUCAUUAAAAUAUUGCGCUGAUAUAAUAGAAAAAGGUAUUAGAGAUCAUCCUGAAUUGAGUAUAGGGAUGCAAACUGAAGGUAUUGAAGUCAGAUCUGUGGGGAACACAUUGACUCUACACGAAACAUCUUUAACUGAGGCUUUUAACUUAAAAGCUGCUAUCGAAUAUCAGUUAAAAAAUAUUGAUGCCGCAAGAGAGGCCCUGACUGACAUGCCACCUAGAGCAGAAUAUGAGCUAGAUGCUGUAACGCUUCACAAUCAGGCAUUAAUGAAUUUCGAACAAAAUCCGUCUGAGGGUUUCGAAAAACUGCAAUUUUUACUGCAGCAAAAUCCUUUUCCGCCUGAAACAUUCGCCAAUCUGCUUUUGCUCUACUGUCAACACGAAUGCUACGAUUUGGCCGCUGAUAUUUUAGCAGAAAACGCUCACCUGACUUACAAAUACCUAACACCAUAUUUAUACGAUUUUCUGGAUGCUAUUAUUACACAACAAACAUCUCCCAGCGAUGCUUAUCAAAAAUUAGAUGAGCUAGCAAGUAGGCAUACUGAACAGCUAAGAAAAUUAGCUAAGCAAGUGCAAGAGCACAGGAAUCGAGGGGAUAUAGAGAUUGUCAAAAAAGCUAUUAUGGAAUAUGAAGAGUGUUUAGAUAGAUAUAUACCAGUAUUAAUGGGACAAGCUAAGAUUUACUGGGAUUUGGAAAAUUAUCCUCAAGUUGAAAAGAUUUUUCGAAAAAGCGCUGAAUUUUGUAAUGAGCACGACACCUGGAGACUUAACGUUGCGCAUGUCUUAUUUAUGCAAGAAAACAAAUUUAAAGAAGCCACUGGAUUCUACGAACCAUUAGUAAAGAAAAAUUAUUCAGAGAUUUUGAAUGUUAAUGCCAUUGUAUUGGCAAAUUUGUGCGUUUCCUAUAUAAUGACGUCACAAAACGAAGAAGCUGAAGAAUUAAUGAGAAAAAUUGAGAAGGAAGAAGAUCAAAUGUCUUUUGAAGAUCCAGAUAAAAAAUAUUUUCAUCAUUGUAUUAUUAACCUUGUUAUAGGGACUCUGUAUUGUUCUAAAGGCAACUACGAAUUCGGCAUAUCCAGAGUCAUGAAAUCUCUUGAACCAUACAACAAAAAACUCGGUACUGACACUUGGUUCUAUACAAAAAGGUGUUUCUUAAGUUUGAUCGAAAAUUUAGCAAAACAUAUGAUUGUACUGAGGGAUGCCAUUAUUCAGGAAUGUGUACAAUUCUUGGAGAGUUGUGAAUUGCAUGGAAAAUCUGUAAGAACUGUGGCAUAUCCUACUUUAUCUGAAGAAAAUGAAGUUCCUAAUGGAAAGGAAACUGUUAGUUAUGAAGCAAGAAAGUUGAAAUACCUUCUGUUAAAAUUGCAAAAUUAUUAAAUUUAGUUACAGUUUUAUCACAAACUAAGAUAUAAGUAUGUAACUUAAGUUAGUCUGUGGUUUUAUCCAGUUUCAUAUAAUAUAUACAAGGUGGGCUAAAAUAUUUCGCAACAAAAGGGAACAUUUUUUAUUAUUGUAACUCCUCAAAAAUAUCUUUUUAGACUUUUUACAGACGAAAAAACGUUAGAU